CGCAAUCGAAAUGGUAGCAAGAACAUCGUUUCCAUUUUUAAGCUACCUUUUGGUAGUUUACGCCUCCUAUGGAAAUAUGAAACCAUCCAGUGCACCAUACAAGAUGAUCAUAAGCAAUAUCGAGACAUGCGACGUAACGGCGAGCAACCCUUCCCAACCUGUCAUAACCUCGAAAAAUGUCGAUUCCGAAGGGCACAAGUCGUUUUCGUUAAAGGGAGACCUCAAUGAGGAGUUUAACGAAAAUACUCAAUACAUAUUUCAAGUAGAUAAAUUCACCAAUGGAGAGUGGAACGAGAACGUCUACAGCGAAGAUGGGAAAAUAGGUGAUGUGAUUAGAACCUACGUAGACAGAAGCUGGAAACGCCUAAAGAAACAUUUCGCCAAUAUGGUAGAAAACUAUUGCGAUGUUAAAAAGGGCCAUUACGAAAUAGUUGACUACCAAGUACCAAAAGAGGAGGUAAACUUUCCGCCAAUGUACGGGAGCUUGAAAGCAACACUGUCUUUACUGAACGAUAAGGAUGAAGUGUUUUUAUGUGUACGCGGUUACCUUGAAGUUACUGAACACUAGUAUCUGGUUAAUAAUAAAUGUUACUUAUAUUUUACCCACUAAUUUGAAUAAAUAUGA